GCCAUUGGCGAAUUCAACGGUUCCCUAGCUCCCAAUUACCUCUUACUUUCAUUUCAUUUUGGUGCCAACGGUUACCAAUAUUAACCAUCAUAUUGAAAGAACUAAUCUCCCCUCAAUUCUGAACAAGUCUAUGCAGCCAACUGCAUAACUUACCCAUCUGGAAUCCACACGGUUUCCUGUGCUACCAUUGGCCAGCCACUCGAGGUCCCCAACCAUCCAUGCAUUUAAGCCGUCGGGUUGUUCUGACAGCUGCCACAAUGGUUUCGGAGCACAAAAGUGUGCAUGCGACGGGGAGUAUGUUGCGGAAGGAUGCGGUUUCUUUUGGUCCAGUGGAGAGAGAUUCUCUGGGCUUAACAGGUCUUCUUCCACCCAUUGGAGGUCGAGGAGCGGAGUUUCAAGGAAAAAAAGGAAAUGCUUUCGUUGAAGCCAUUAGUAUAACUCGUUUACGUCAGUUUGCGUCCGACUUUGACAGAUAUGAUUGGCUGAUGAACCUCUGUGACAAGGACAAGGAGCACUUUUAUCGCCUAAUGAACAAGCAUGCCGAUUAUUUAUUGCCCCUCGUAUAUACCCCUACUGUCGGUCAGGCUUGCCAAAACCUCAGUUUAGUUUAUAACAAUGGCAGGGGAUUGUUCGUCACUAUCCAUGACAAAGGAAAAAUCAAGUCUAUCUUACAAAAUUGGCCAGAAAAAGAUGUUCGGGCCAUCUGUGUGACAGACGGGGAACGCAUUCUCGGCCUUGGAGAUCAGGGAGCUUUUGGUAUGGGUAUUCCCGUUGGGAAGCUGUCUCUGUAUACAGGCUUGGCCGGUAUUCCUCCUCAACAUUGCUUACCCAUUACGCUUGAUGUUGGCACUAACAAUGAGGAACACUUGAACAGCUCACUUUACUUCGGACUUAAACAAAAGCGGGUCAACGGGGAAGAAUAUGAUGCAUUUAUUGAUGAGUUCAUGCAGGCUUGUGCAUCGACCUUCGGCAAGCACGUUCUGAUACAGUUUGAAGACUUUGCCAAUCACAACGCCUUCCGGCUUCUACGAAAAUACAACAAAACGUACUGCACAUUCAACGAUGAUAUCCAGGGAACCGCCUCGGUUGUACUGGCUGGCAUUCUGGCUUCUCCAAAACUGACUGGAAGGAAAUUGCCCGAUGAAAUCAUCCUUUGCUAUGGUUCUGGUGAAGCAGCAAUCGGAUUUGCUCAUCUGGUCACAAAAGCGUUGACCAAACGUUAUGGUCUUACUUUGGAAGAGGCAAAGAAACGAUUGUUCCUCGUCGACAGCAAAGGUCUCGUUGUCAAAGGACGAAAAUCUGGCGGUCUAAAUGAGCAUAAAUUGGAAUUCGCUUGUCCAGCCGGUACUCCUGAGCUAACUUCGUUGGAGGAAAUCGUUCGUUACACAAAAUGCACGACGCUACUCGGUGCUGCUGCCACACCUGGCGCUUUCAGUCCCCGUAUCCUCCAACUCAUGGCCGAAUUGAACGAGACACCUCUUAUCAUGGCAUUGAGCAAUCCCACGUCCGUGGCCGAGUGUACCGCUGAGGAAGCCUAUAUUCACACACAGGGUCGGUGCGUGUUUGCCAGUGGAAGCCCAUUUUUACCAGUAUCUCUGGAACCUUCGCAAUGUAUGGGUCUCAAAAAACCACUGAAACGGUAUCCUGGACAGGCGAAUAAUUCCUACAUUUUUCCUGGUGUUGCCUUAGCCAUCGUGAGUGGACAAAUAUCGCCUGUGACGGACGACGAUUUUCUGGUGGCCUCCGAAACCCUGGCCGCUUUUGUUUCUGAUGAGGACUAUUCCCUGGGUCGUCUGUUCCCUCCACUAAGCGACAUUCGUCGAGUUUCAGUCGCUAUUGCCAAACAAAUCGUACGUGCCGCAAUACCCGAGGGACGUUGCCAUGCGUUCGAAAGCUCACAUGUGAACGAUGCCCAAGUGGAACAGACGGUGUCCUGUUUUUCGAACUAUCCUCCUGAAGAGUAACAUUCACGAGUGCGCAAUCAAUAGUUCUUCCGAAAUGCGCUUACAGCUCCAUUUCUUUUGGCGAAAAAAAUGACUGAACGGUGGUUCCCCUCUCAAGCACUAUGCCCACUUUCGAUCCGCGUUUUCCUCUCUCGAGUACUGCAGUCCGCACAGUCUAUCAUUCACCACUCGUAUCUUUAGUCACAACCCUUUCGCUUUAUGUCACAGUCUGUAAGGAUGUUUCGGGGGGAUUUUUCUUCAUGUUUGUUUUGGUGAAAUUCAUUUCUCAGGCUGUAGGUGAGGCGGAAAUAUUUGAACAAUUCUUUUGCGGAGCUGUUGAUGAAAUUUAUUGCAUCCAACCGUAGUUUGUACCAAGCUCUGAUUUCCACCACUCUAAUAGACCCACUGCAUCAGUCCUUUAUUUCCGUGACGCAUCAAUGACUUUACAUCUACGAAUUAGUAUAAAGUUCCGAAUGUCCGUUGCCGAUUCCAGUUGAAUUCUUAAGAGAAUCAUUACUUAUAUGCACAGAGAAUGUUGAAACAUAC